AUGAAAUCCAUUUACUUUAUUUUAGUCAAUCUCUUUAUCACCCUGUGUAUAUUGUCAUCACAAGUUCAGAGUUUUGAUUUCUUCUACUUUGUUCAGCAGUGGCUACCAGCAUUAUGUGACAAGAAAGCAGCAUGUUGUUACCCAACUACUGGAAAACCAGCACUAGAUUUUGGGAUUCAUGGACUCUGGCCAGUUUACAAUAAUCACACAUUUCCAUCCAACUGUAAUGGGAAUUCUCCUUUUGAUGAAAAUCAAAUCUUGGACUUGAUGAGUGAUAUGCAGAAGGAUUGGCCAACAUUAGCUUGUCCAAAAAACAAUGGAAAAAAGUUUUGGGCCCAUGAAUGGAAUAAACAUGGUACAUGUUCCCUUUCUAUGUUGGACAUGCAUUCAUAUUUCCAAGUUACACUUGCUCUUAAGGUAAAAGUGAAUCUACUUCAAGUUCUCAAGAAUGCAGGAAUUCGACCUGAUGGAAGAUCUUAUGGCAUGAAAGCAAUUAAGGAAGCUAUAAAGAAUGAAAUUGGACAUGAUGUUGUUAUAGAGUGCAACAAUGAUGUGUUUGGGAAUAAUCAACUUUUCCAAGUUUAUAUUUGCGUUGAUAAAACUGGAUCGGACCUUAUUGAGUGCCCGAUGAUACUCAAAAGGAAAUGUGAUGAAAACAUUGUAUUUGCUGACUUCGGAUCUGAUAGUGAGGGAUCUUCCAUUUCUUUAUAA